GUUCACGAACGGCUUGGAACGGUGUUGAAUUACGCUACGCGAAAAAACGGUAUCGAUUUUUUUGCUUUAACCAUUAGCUAUGACUGUUUCUGUUUUCUCCAGUUUAUACGGUGGUCUUUGAGGAAUUUAAACGGUGACGUGAGUGUCUGUGACUGUGUCUUGUUUGGUUUUUACCAUAGUAAACAUAUUUUAAAGUUAAGGUUCAUGAAAUCGAAGACGAUAUCCCUGUAAUACCAAAACCGGAGAGCACAGAAGGCAGAGACUUAUUGAAAGAGGUGCAGAUCAGGUGCAGCUUAUCGUGGAACAUCGAUGCUAGAGAAUUAGGAAAUUUGCUCAAUAGCCCCGAGAUCAAGACUCUUAUAGAUUGCCACGACGACAUAGCAAAAAUAUACGAAAAUCCCAAACCUGAAAAAGAUAACUCGCCGAAAUUAUUUCCAAACGGAAUGACUGGAGAGGAGUACAGAAUGGUGGGGGUCCGGAAAAAACCGGGAGAACCUCUAGGAUUAACGGUGCAAGUUGAUGAAAACGGAAAUCUAACAAUAGCUCGAAUAAUUGAAGGUGGUAUGAUCGAAAAACAAGGCCUUCUACACGUUGGAGACAUUAUUUUGGAGGUUAACGGAACUCCAGUAGCUACCCCCGAAGAUUUGCAAACGGAAAUCGCCAAAACGAAGGACCACGUGACCCUCAAAGUUCACAGUAAUACCGGAAACGGUGAAGUGACACAUUCAAAUAUUGUUAUGGCCAAUGGAAACAAUGGAGUAACUAAAAAAUUAACGUGCUACAUGCGAGCUCUCUACGAAUACAUCCCCCAAGAAGACACACUCCUGCCAUGUAAAGAAAUAGGCCUUCCGUUUGAUCGUGGAGAUAUUCUCCAGAUAGUUGAUCAACGCGAUCCUAAUUGGUGGCAGGCGAAAAAAGUUGGUGGAGAUGGAACAACUGGUCUCAUUCCCUCUUUAGAGUUAGAAGAACGAAGAAAAGCCUUCGUACCCCCAGAAGCGGACUUUGUACAUACCAUAAGUAUCUGCGGAGCAAGAAUCUCGAAGAAGAAGAAAAAAAUUACAUACCAGUCAAAGAGCAACUGUGAUUUUGAUAAAGCCGAGUUGUUAUUGUAUGAGGAAGUGACAAAGAUGCCUCCUUUUAAGAGGAAAACGUUGGUUCUCAUUGGAACGCAAGGCGUCGGAAGAAGAACGUUAAAGAAUAGGUUGAUUAAUAGUGAUCCCGAGAAGUUUGGCGGUGUUGUUCCAUUCACGACCAGAACUCCGCGAGUAUUGGAGGAAGCUGGACAGAGUUAUUGGUUCACAGAUAGGGAAGCCAUGGAAGAAGAUAUUAGAAACCAUAAAUUUCUCGAAUAUGGAGAGUACAACGGUCAUUUGUACGGAACUCACUUAGACAGCAUUAGAGAUGUCAUUAAACAGGGAAAAAUGUGUAUCCUAGACUGCAGCCCAAUGUCUUUAAAAUUAUUACACAACAGCUCAGAAUUCCUUCCGUAUGUCAUAUUCAUAGCAGCUCCAGGAAUGGAACAACUUAAAAAUUUGUACGACGUCGGAAGAAGUACUACGAACUUGAGACAUUCAAGUAGAAACCUAACGUUUGAUCGACAGAGUUCAAUACGUUAUAGUUCCCGAAGAGCAAGAACAUUGGAAUCAUUAGCUUCCUUGUAUGAGGAAGAAGAUUUAAAACGGACAUUGGAAGACAGCGCAAGCAUGCAAAGAACUUACGACAAAUAUAUAGACAUGGUCAUUCCAAAUAACGAUUUCGACACAACCUUUAGACAGAUCGUUGAAGCCUUAGAAGCUCUCACAACAGAACAUCAAUGGGUACCAGUCAACUGGAUUUAUUGAAAAAAAAAAUUCACUCUAGUAGUGCUAGUUUACAUUGAAUGCAGAUAAUUAGAAGAUAGGAAUAUUUUUGAUAGCAUCUGUCAUUCCAAAAUAUUUGUUUACUGCUCGUGUUAAUCAUCGAUACUAGCUGCAAAAGUUUUUGGGGAAAAAUACGCGAAUAUGAUUAGAUAUUAUCUUUUUUUCACAUCUUGCUAACAUUUUUAUACCUAC